GGCCUUGACGCGCGCGCGGAAACCAACUGUGUUAAACCUAACCUGUGUUAAACCCUAAUGUGAAAGUGUGUGAAAGCUAGCGAAGAUACCUUCGAGACCCUGAAGCCCAAGAAAUCCGCAAAACCAAAUCAGUGCAAUAUUUGGCAUCGCAGUAUGUUCAGAUGAACUAUCUUUUCCACCUGGGUUCAUUUUCGGUACAGCCACCUCUUCAUAUCAGGUCGAAGGGGCGUGGAAUGUCAGUGAUAAGGCUAUGAGCAUAUGGGAUACGUUUGCACACGAGCACAAUGAAGUCAUAGCCGAUGGUUCAACGGGAGACAUCGCUUGCGACUCGUAUCACUUGUGGAAAAGAGAUAUAGAAAUGUUGAAGGAAAUAGGAGUUGAUUUCUACAGGUUUUCUAUAUCGUGGCCUCGCUUGAUUCCCACCGGUCAUGUCAAUAGAAUCAGCGAAGAUGGCAAGAGAUAUUACAAUAAUUUGAUCGACGGUCUGCUCAUGAAAGGAAUAGAACCUGUAGUCACGAUAUACCAUUGGGAUUUACCGCAACAUCUUCAGGACCUAGGAGGCUGGACCAACCCUUACAUCGUGGACUGGUUCGCUGAUUAUUCAAGAGUAGUUUUUGCCUUAUUCGCUGAUAGAGUUAAAAUGUGGAUAACAAUGAAUGAGCCAGUUGUUAUAUGCGAUUUAGGUCAUGGAACCAGUACUAUAGCACCGGGGACUGUGCUCCCAGAUAAAAUCGGCACAUAUUUGUGCAAUAAGAAUCUAAUGAUUGCUCAUGCGAAAGCGUACAGAAUUUAUGAUAAAGAGUUCAGACCUAAGUAUCACGGCAUGGUAUCAAUAGUAAAUCAGUUGUUUUGGUUGGAGCCACUCAGUCAGACAGAUAAAUAUGUGACGAAUUUAGCAAUGCAAAAUACAUUCGGCCGUUACACCCAUCCUAUUUUCUCUAAAGAAGGCGGUUGGCCUGCAGAUAUAGAACGAAUUGUGGCAAUAAAUAGCGAGAAACAGGGAUAUGCUACUUCUCGAUUGCCAGCUUUUACUAAAGAGGAGAUUGAACUAGUCAGAGGAACGUAUGAUUUCUUUGGCUUGAAUCAUUACACGAGUAGAAUGGUUCGAGAACGGCAUAAUGGUGAAACACUACCGAACCACCCGUUUUUGUAUGAGCAAGAAUACAAUUGCGUGUUUGAAUUGCAUCCUGAUUGGAAAACGGCUACAAACGGAUGGCUAGCAAUAUAUCCUGAAGGGUUCCGUUACCUGUUAAAAUAUAUAAAGGAGCAAUAUGGAGAUGUCAAGAUAUUGGUCACAGAGAAUGGUUACGCCACAGAUGCUGUCCAGGGUUUAGUAGAUGAUGAUAGAAUAUUGUACCAUAGAUCUUAUAUAGAACAGAUGCUGCUCGCUAUGAAUGAGGAUGGAGUUAAUGUAAUAGGGUACACAGCUUGGAGUCUUAUGGAUAAUUUCGAGUGGAUGGACGGAUAUCACUCCAAAUUCGGUCUUUACGAGGUAGACUUCUCGAAUCCACACAGAAUCAGAACGCCAAGGAAAUCAGUCAAGUUCUUCUCGGAUGUCAUUAGAAAUCACAAAUUGCAAACAUUGAACGUAAGGUUUUAUGUAUGUUUAAUUGGUCUAAUAAUUCAUUCUAAUUACUUGGAAUGUUGUAUUAAAUUCGCAAUAUUAGCUACAGUGUUAAUUUUAAAUGAAAUAGUGUUAUUGAAUAAUUAUGUGUUAGCGAAUGCUGUAUGGUGUACCGAAUUGUAUUUUCCACCGGGAUUCUUAUUUGGAGCUUCCACAUCGGCGUAUCAAAUUGAAGGAGCAUGGAAUGUCAGUGAUAAAAGCGAGAGCAUCUACGAUCAUUCCAUCCAUGAUCACCCAAGUAUCAUUGUUGAUAACAGCACGGGCGAUAUCGCUUGUGACUCCUACCACAACUGGAAGAGAGAUGUACAAAUGGCCGCUGACCUUGGAUUACAAUUCUACAGGUUCUCUAUAUCCUGGUCAAGGUUAUUGCCAUCUGGCUUGGCCAACUACAUCAGUGAGGAUGGAGCCGCCUACUAUGAUAAUUUGAUAAACGAAUUACUAAAGAAAGGUAUUCAACCCGUCGUCACCUUACACCAUUUUGAUUUGCCACAAUCUCUUCAAGAUCUCGGUGGUUGGACCAACCCGACGAUUCCCGAAUGGUUUGCAGAUUAUGCUAGAGUUGCAUAUUCCCUCUACGCAGACAGAGUUAAAACAUGGAUUACUAUAAACGAACCUAUCAUUAUAUGCGACUAUUCGUAUGGAACUGGUAAUUUGCCGCCAUUGGUGAAGGAUCCUAUGUUAGCACCUUAUUUGUGCAACAAGAAUAUAUUAGUAGCACACGCGAAAGCAUGGAGAAUUUACGAUACAGAGUAUCGACCACGUUAUCACGGAGAAGUGUCCAUUACCAACCACUUGGUCUACUAUAAGCCUGCCACAAACAAGGACGUGGGACUUGCUGAGCUUGCUAUGGAGUUUUGUACAGGGCGCUACUCACAUCCAAUUUAUUCCAAAGAGGGAGGAUGGCCACCCAUUGUGGAGAGAUUUAUGGCAGAGAUCAGCAAAACACAAGGAUUCCCUCGUUCCAGGUUGCCAUCCUUCACAAAAGAAGAAAUCAAACUUAUCAAAGGUACAUAUGACUUUUACGCAAUGAAUCAAUACACGAGUCGUAUAAUAAGACCUGCGAGGCUUGGUGAAGAGGUAGGAGCGUGGUUCUUCGACGGGUGGCCAGAUAUGAACGCCGUUCUAGAAGUGCCCAAGGAAUGGAAGAUGGGUGUUGCGAAGGCUUUAGCGAUGUAUCCAGAAGGCAUAAGGCAGCAGAUGUUGUGGCUGAAGAAGCAUUAUGGUGACAUUAACAUAUUUAUAACUGAGAAUGGUUACUCUGUGAGGGGCGACGGCUCGGAUGAUGUCGAUCAGAUAGAAUACAUGAAGAAAUAUAUGGAGCAAGUCCUUGUGUCUAUGAAUGAAGACGGAGUUAAGGUUACUGGCUAUGGUGUUUGGUCCCUCAUGGACAAUUUCGAAUGGUCAGACGGCUAUAGACCGAGAUUCGGCCUCUAUGAAGUGGAUUUCAAUGAUCCAAAGAGACCUCGGUUUCCUCGGAAGUCUGCGUAUUACUAUGCAGACGUUAUAAAGCGGCGCUCCAUGAAUAUAACUGAAGUUUAUCUCAAAUCUGAUAAAAUUUGAAGACUGAUUAGACUUUUGUAUUUUAAUAUUAUAGUUGU